UUGCGAGUAUUAAAUAUGAACCCUGACCACAUCAUAAAUUUUGUAUUUACUGUUAUCCUUAGGUCAGAACUGUCAACCCUCCAAGCCGAAUACACUUUUAUGCAAUCUGAGAAAGAUGGCAUUGCAAAAAAGUUAUUAUCCUUAUCUGAGGAGCUGAACAGACGGGAAAGUUCUCACCAUGAGAAGAUUACCAGUCUAGAAAGUAAAAUGGAAGCUAAAAUGGCUGAAUAUCAAAGAAUUAUCACCAGCAUGGCUAACCAAAAUGAAGCAAUGAGUAACAAUUUUAAGAAACAAUUGGAUACCUUAAAGCAGACUCACUCCCGAGAAGUGGAGCAACUCACAGCUAAACUUGAGGAAUGCGAGGAUAAAUUAUGGCAGCUGAAGAACACCAUAAGCACCUCAGUCACAGCAACUCCUGCCAGUGCUAACACUACCAUGUCCACAAUUCCUACUGCUCCCCAUCCGUUACGCUCUGAGAAUGAUCACACUGUGCCAGGUGUAAACCACACCAACACUCAGCAACAUCGUCGCCAGCUCAGCCUUGGAUAUGACGAACCCAGAAUUGAUGUUACAAACAUGGUCAGAGAGGAAGGGGAGGGCUCAGAGUGGGUGGAACCUGUUCAUCGUUCCCCAGGUAAACAAAGGGGUUAUAGCCCUCCGCCCCUAGAACAACUUAUAAAUUCCCCUCUUACAUCCCAGGAUGAUAAUGUCAGCAUUGCCAGCAUCAACACAGAUGCCACUGGGAAGGAAAUGGCCAGGCUUGAGGCAAAGUUAAGUGCUGGUGAAAUGCGAAUCCAGCAACUUACAACACUUUUGCACGAGUCAGAAGCAGAAAAUGCCAAAUUAACACAACUCUCGGAUGCUCUAAAAGAAGAAAUACGAAGGUCUGUGAGAAAUGAAGUUCGUGAAAAGCACAUGGAAAACACCGAGUACAUGAAAAAUGUGAUACUAAAG